UGCAAAUCGUCUUUCACAACACAAUUCUUCUGGUGCAGCGUAAAGCGGCAAGGGACACAAAACCACCAUCCAAUGGCUCUCCAGGGUAACGUGGCAAUCUUGACGCGUCUGCAGGACGCAGCGGCUGCCGUACAGAAGUUCAAGCACGCGAACCCGCAGGUGGCGGACGUGACGGUGCUCACUGUGCCCGAGGGCUCGGAUGUAACGCAGACUGUAGCCAACAGCUCCGCCGCAAAGGAAAAUGCAUUCGACGCCAUCGUAUCGUUCAGCGAGCAGACAGAGCAGCUGGGCAUCGAGCUCGGAGCAGUGCUUCCUCUGCUCAAGGCUGGCGGCGUGCUGCAGCUGCACGUUGCCAAUGUGCAGGAAGAGAAGAAGAACGCCAUCCUCAUGGCGCUGAUGAUUGGUGGCCUUGUAGACACAACUGACAAGAAGGAGAGCAGUCCCUUCUUCCCCAAGUUCUCAGACGCGGUCUGCUUCUCGUCCAAGAAGCAGUCGUUCGAAAGCACCGCCAUCCCACUUGCUAUUAAGUCCACGACGACGCAGCCCAUUAAGAAGUGGACAGUGCUGGCGGACGACUUCGGUGACGAGCAGGACGACGAUAUUAUCGACGAGGAUACGCUGCUCGAUGACACAGAUGAAGUGCUGCAGGCGGCCAAGGCAGACUGUGGAGAGAAGGUUGGCGGAAAGAAGCGGGCAUGCAAGAACUGCACUUGCGGUUUGAAGGAUGAGGACGACAAGCCGGUUAUGUCCGAGAAGGACCUGAACAAGCUUGUGUCUGGAUGCGGAAACUGCUUCAAGGGCGAUGCCUUCCGAUGCGGUAGCUGCCCGUUCCUAGGCAAGCCUGCGUUUAAGCCGGGCAUGGAGAAGGUUCUGCUGAACCUGGAUAACUCGGACGAUAUCUAAAUUCGCUAUUGCCUCAACUUCAGCAGUUGAAGAUCAUCAUCUGCCUGAAAUGGCCUGAGCGAUCCAGCUGGAGCAGUCGAGAUGCAUAGUGAUCGUGCUGGUACAGUAAAGACGCACCAAUAAGCCACUUCAUUCACUGGUACUUCAUUGUUGUUGCCAUUUUUUAGUCUCCUUGACAUCUUUUCACUUUUUUGGUUGUAUGGCAUGGAUCCACAGCAAAUUUCUAUCGCGCUAGCUCGGCCACCUUGCUUUACCGCAUAUCAAUCAAUUGGGUCGUGACCUGCUCCAUCCACUUACACUCAAACGCGUCCGAGUAGAUUUCAACAUGGCUCGGGUGGGUGUGGAAA